AAAAAAAUGGCCCCAAAACAGAGGAUGCGUAUCGCCAAUGAAAAGGCUAUGAAAAACGUUACUUUGAGAGGAAAUGUACCAAAAUCUACGAAGCAGAGCCAAGAAGGUUCAGCCGUAGGACCAUGGCUACUAGCACUCUUCAUAUUUGUAGUCUGUGGAUCAGCAGUUUUCCAAAUAAUCCAAUCCAUUCGCAUGGCAUAAAUGUUGAUAAGCUGACUUUAUUGUUUGUGUGCAAUCCUGUUAAAUAUGUUUUGUGUUUGUUGAAUACUUGUAAAUUACCAGAUCCUAUAACCUUUACAUGUUUUAUUUGCAAUUUUUGAAGUGAUAAAGCAUUUUAAUAUAGCAUGCACAAUUCAAAUUUAAUCUUCAUUCCAAUGUUGAUAUGCAUUUCAUUUACAUUCAAUGUAAUUGAGUAUAUAUUUUUAAUAUAAUAUUUACUAUA